GAAAGGUUGUCAUGGUGGUAAAAAUUAUCAACUGUCCUGGUCACAUUUGUCCCCCUUUAUUCAUGUUGUCGGCGUUCCUCGUCUCAGAAAAGUUUAAUUAGGACUUCCAAGUUGCUUUAAGGACUCGUUUGGAGGAGAAGGGGGAGGGGGGUGUUGUUGAUUUGGUUUGUGGUUUUGCCAAAUGGGGCAUUCUUCAGCAGUUUGGGAUUAUAAGGUUGGAAUUGAAGUGUCAAAGGACUGGAAUGGGAUCGACCAGAUCGUGCUUCGGAAUCCCCAAGGGGCUUCUGCUCGGGUUAGCUUGCAUGGAGGACAGGUUACUUCAUGGAGGAAUGAUCGAGGUGAAGAACUGCUCUUCACCAGCAGCAAGGCAAUCUUUAAGCCUCCAAAAUCAAUGCGUGGAGGAAUCCCUAUUUGUUUCCCCCAGUUUGGAAACUGUGGGUCACUUGAGCAACAUGGGUUUGCAAGGAGCAAAAUUUGGACAAUUGAUGAUAAUCCUCCACCUCUGCACCUAAAUGAAAGCACUGGCAAAUCCUUCAUUGACUUGCUACUCAAACCAUCAGAAGAGGAUUUGAAGUGCUGGCCACAUAGUUUUGAGUUCCGUCUUCGGGUUUCUCUUGCAUCAGAUGGAAAUCUGGCCCUCAUAUCUCGAAUUAGAAACAUCAACGGCAAGCCAUUUAGUUUCUCAUUUGCUUAUCACACAUAUUUGUCAGUUUCUGACAUAAGUGAAGUAAGGAUAGAAGGACUGGAAACACUAGAUUAUCUCGACAACCUUUGCCAAAGAAAUCGUUUUACAGAACAAGGAGAUGCUAUAACGUUUGAAUCUGAGGUGGAUCGAGUUUAUCUUAGUUCUCAAAAUUGCAUUGCAGUCCUUGAUCAUGAACGGAAGCGAACAUAUGUACUAAGAAAGGAAGGGUUACCAGAUGUCGUGGUGUGGAAUCCUUGGGAUAAGAAGUCCAAAUCAAUGGCAGAUUUUGGGGAUGAAGAGUACAAGCAAAUGCUUUGUGUUGAUGGAGCAGCAAUAGAGAAACCAAUUACUUUGAAGCCGGGAGAGGAAUGGACAGGUCGCUUGGAGCUUGCCGUUGUGUCCUCAAGUUUUUGUAGUGAGAACCUUCACCCCCAGAUGAGGUUUUUCUAAGCUCUGUAGAAAACCAGCUGAGAUAUGUUCUUCUUGAUGUUGUUAGGUGUACUUUUGUGUUCGAACUGAACAAAUGUAAGUUGACUUUUUGUUACUAUUAUCUUUAGAAAAUAGUCUGUAAUCUAGCAAAGCC